GAGGUGAGAGAGGCAGACACAAACUUAGAGGUCCCAGAAAACACCAAGUGGGAGGAUCUCAUUCCACUCCCCAGUGUACAGUCUUGGUAUUCAUCAGACCUUGAGGUGCUCAUAUUCAAACAACGCUAAGAAGGCAUGUGAUGGUUCUGCAACAGUACUUGUACAGACAGGAGUUAGCUUCAUCUACAUAGCUGGAGAACUCCCUGACGGAAUGAGGAAUUAACUUCCUGGGAUCUAUGGACUUGCAUUCUUCCUAAAAAAAAUGGCCAAAUGACUGCAUUCCAAGGAAUGAAAUUCAGCUGUUUGCGGGGAUUGAACCAAAGCACAAAAUGAAUGAGGCAAUAAGAUGCACCUUAGUAAACUGUAUCUGCCUUGGUUUCAAACCUGGAAAAAUAAACCACCGCCACUGUGAACAAUGUAGACACGGAUGGGUAGCACAUGCACUGAGCAAAUUACGGAUUCCUCACUUCUAUCCCACCAGCCAGGUGGAGAUUGUUCAGUCAAGUGUAGUGUUUGACAUCAGCAGCCUUAUGCUGUAUGGGACUCAAGCCAUUCCAAUUCGACUGAAAAUACUGCUUGAUCGUCUUUUCAGCGUUCUCAAACAGGAAGAGGUCUUGCAGAUUCUUCAUUCUCUUGAUUGGACACUGCAAGAUUAUAUCCGUGGUUAUGUGCUGCAGGAUGGCUCAGGAAAAGUACUAGACCAUUGGUCAAUAAUGACAGUUGAAGAAGAACUGGCAACACUGCAGCAGUUCCUUCGUUUUGGUGAAACAAAAUCCAUAGUAGAGCUUAUGGCAAUCCAUGAAAAGGAAGGUUACUCUGUGCUCGUACCCAGCACUAGAACAAACUCUGACAUCCGAGCAUUCAUUGAGAGCAGUAACCCAAGAAGCAGCCCUAUUCUGCCCUCUUCUCUGGACAAAAUGUCUCCUUCCUCACUUCACCCGUUUGAGAACAUGAUAAACAAUAUGGCUUUCACAUUACCUUUUCAGUUUUUCAGUCCUGUUCCUCCCCCACUGAUAGGUUCCCCACCAGAAAUUCCACUUAUGGAAAGAAAUCAAGAUCGAGGCAAUGAAAGCAAACAAGAUGUCCAUAUAUCGUACUCAGAGAGCAGCUUCUUAACUUCUAGUUCUGCUUCAUUUAUUUUGGAAAAUGAAUCCAGCAUAAGCGCUCAAGAUGUCAUUGCCAAAGCAGAUGAUGACAGCCCUUUAAGUGACUCGAGUUCACAUAACACAAUGGCAAACUAUGACAUGUCAUCAGUUUCUCCUGAAAGUAAACUAAACGCUGGAGACAGAAAUAGCACAGGUCCUAGAAAAGGUAGAGUCUUCUGUACUGCUUGUGAAAAGACUUUUUAUGACAAAGGGACAUUAAAGAUACACUAUAAUGCUGUCCAUCUGAAGAUAAAACAUCGAUGCACAAUUGAAGGUUGCAAUAUGGUAUUUAGUUCACUGCGAAGCAGAAAUCGUCAUAGUUCAAAUCCUAACCCAAGGCUUCAUAUGCCAAUGAAUAGAAAUAAUAGAGACAAAGAUCUACGGAACGGGUUGAUUAUAUCUGUUUCUGAGGAACACAAAAGACUUGGACCAAAAACCACAAGCUUAGAUAGCAGACAUGCCACUAACUACAGCAAUACUAAUUACAGCAACUCUGGUGUCGACCCAAAGUUACAACCUGGUCUCCCUAAUGUUGGACAGACCUGUAUGCUUUUUCCUAACUUGAAGACCGUACAACCAGUUCUGCCCUUUUAUCGAAGCCCAGUUACUCCCGCAGAGCUUGCAAAUACCCCUGGUAUUCUACCAUCACUGCCAGUUGUCACGUCCUCUAUUUCAGAAAAGUUGAAUUCUAGUGAUUUCCCUUUGGAUACAAUGCCCAAAAAGAAAUCUCGAAAAUCCAGUAUGCCCAUUAAAAUCCAGAAAGAUACUCUUGAAGCACCAGAUGAAAACACAGAGAAUGUUAGUUCUGAAGAUGACAUCCCUAAGCAAAUAACUAGCAUGUUGACUUUUGAUACAUUUGAUAAAAGUGGAGGGAGUCCUGUGUCAAGUGGGCAGGAGAGAGACCUCAGACUGUCGUCAGUAUUAUUUAAAACAAAUGAAGCUGAAACACAAUCAUUUCAAUCUAGUUUGGCUACAGAUUAUCAGAACACUUCUUCAGACUCUGAAGGUGAAUUCCAUCCACAGGAGGAAACUAAUCACAAACAAACCCUUGUGUCAAAAGAGGACUUCAACAAAAAUAAAUAUGAACAAUCUAAUCACUUUAAUGUUGUAAGGCAGCUGCCAGAAUCUUCUCUGCAUAAUAAAGAACGACCAAAACAUACAGAUUCUGAGGACAGUACCGAAUUUCAGCAGUACCCUUUGAAUGGGGGACUUUAUGGUGACAUUAGUAAUAAGACUUCUGUUUUUGAAGACUCUGCGGACCUAGAACGAGGAGACGUGUUUCAUGAAAGUGCUAAGGAUGAAUGUCGUUUCCACUGUGAAAUAUGCAAAAAGGCAUUUAAAAACCCUUACAGUGUUAAAAUGCAUUACAAAAACGUGCACCCCAAAGAAAUGCAUUUGUGUACCAUUGACGGUUGUAAUGCAGCUUUCCCAUCUCGAAGAAGUAGAGACAGACACAGUUCUAAUCUAAAUCUUCACCACAAGCUACUAACCAAAGAUGCCCUGGAACUACAAAGCAACCCAUAUAACAUACCAUAUCUUCUAAAGGACAUGGCAAAGGAUAGUUAUCAGCACUCUCCUCUAAAAAACCCUGGACAGACCUCUGUGAUCUUCAAAGGAAUGAACAGAACAGGGAGUCUGGUUUAUCCCAUGAGCAAGAUCAGAGAGCCUUGCGUGGAUAGCUUCGGUAAAGACCCUGCGAGCGACAGUGCUGUGCUGGAUCUAAGCACCACGUCCAGCUUUAAGUCUGCGGGCAGCUCCCAUUCCUCAUGGGACUCAGAUGGAUGUAGUGAAGAAGGUAACAUACCAUUGGAGGAUAGUGAUGAAAGCUAUGAAGGAUUGAACUUUAUAAACCAGGAGGAGCUCUAUCAGAAUUUUAAUCUAAUUGAUAGAGCUCACCAGAUUCUCUCAAACCUGCCAUCUGGCAUGCCAAUUACCUGCCAUAUAUGCCAAAAAACAUACAGUAACAAAAGCACAUAUAGAGCCCAUUACAAAACGGUGCAUCUACGGCAGCUCCAUAAAUGUAAAGUAGCAGGAUGCAACAUUAUGUUUUCAUCUGUACGCAGUCGAAACAGACAUAGCCAAAACCCUAACCUUCAUAGAAGCUUAGCAGAGUCGCCAAAUGAUUUGCAGUAAAAUAUUUGAGGCCAUUAAAAUAUCUGAACAAAAAUGAUUUGACAAUUUCAUUUGAACUGUGGAGCAACUAGGUUUUUUUUUGUUUUUUUUUCUUUUAAAAUAAAACAAAAACAUUUUGGGUUAAGAAUACAAAUUUAACCCACGUGGUCUCUGGCUGCAAUCUAGUUGCUGACUCUGGCAGACAAGGUUAUGUAAUUUAAUUUAUUUUGUGAUUUAAUUUUUGUGUGACUUAAAAUAUGUGGUGCAACUGUUUGCAAGACCACAUCCCAUAGUAUUUAAAUCAAAUUAUUAAUUUUUUUAACUCAUUUAAUAGCUAUUUUCAACUGAGAGGGAAGAAGCUAACCCAUAUUCAGUAUCAAAGUGUUAGAAACAGAACCAUAAUUAACCUUUUGUUAAAACACUGAGCCAUGCACUUAAGUUUAAGUUUAAAUUUUGAGUAUUUUUUAAGUAAUAAUGCCUCUGAAUUCAGUCACAUGGAAUCUGUUUUUCUUCAAAUUUGGUUAGGUAUGACGGAAUUGCAUACCCUGAUCAUUUAAACUAUUAAUAUUACUAUUGAUGUAAUAUACACUGUACUGGAGAGUGUUUCUACUUACUAUUACUAAGGGAUUAAGGACAUGCCUGUUUUAUUUCUCUUUUUCGAUGCAAUCUUUUUGAUUUUCAGGGAAAAACAGAAUCUUGAAAGAACGAAAUGAUGCAUUUCAAAGUAGAGGAUAUGCAAACAACUAUUUUUACUGAAAAGUUGCUCAAACCACUGCUGUCACGAUGCCAGCUGAAAAAACUAAGUGUAUCUCGCAUUUUGUACAAAUUAUUAAUCUGUGUAAGUAGAAACCUCGUCUUCUGAUUUUGUACAGUUUUGAUACCAUGUUGUUUUUGUUACAUAUAAACUGUAUCUGUAAUUAAAUGUAUUUUUGUUAUAUAAUUAUAUUAUGCACUUAUUACCAUUUUUUGUAUUAAUGUUUUCGUCACCAUUAUUUUUAUUUUGACUUCAGUCAUUCCCUAUUUUCGUAUAUGUAAAGUUAGCCAUUCCAAUUGCAUGAAACUGACUGCACAGAUUGUAAAUACCAUGCUUGUUGAAUAUUAGUUUAUUGAAUAUUACUUUUCUAUACAUGUGUACAUUCCAGUUCAACUGGAUUUGUUAAAAGAUUUUGAUGUAUUCUGUACAAAGAAAAAAAAAUAUUUGAUUUCAUUUGUGGACAUUGUAGUUGUGUAAAAUGUCACAAUUUGUUGUUUAACUUAUUCUGAAAAAAGAAAGCUGUGUAUUAUUUAGUAACUGGCUAUGUAAAACCACUGGGAGGAAAUAUGUACUGUUCCAUCAAAACUGUAACCACGUUAAUGGCAGCUCUGAAGUGAUUUCUAAAAGAUGCCAUUCAUUUUCAAAAAACUAUUGUUGCUUAAACAUAUGCAAAGAGAUUCCCUUUUGUUCUGUAGUUCUCUGUUAAAUGACAAUAAUAAAAAUACUUGGUUACUGAUAAGUA